AACAACUUUCAUCUUUUCCUUCCGAUGGUUUCCAUCACCAUUCCUAUUCCGAAACAAAAACCUCACAUUUUCAUUCUCUUCAAUAAAAACAUCUCAUUUUUCUAAAUCAAUCCCUUAACCCAAAAACCACAACAAUGGAGCAACAAUCACCGGAACGAAAACCAAUAAUACUACAAAAACCACCGGGUUAUAGGGACCCAGCCACCCCACAAAAACACCCUCUGCCACGAAAACCACCUCUCCCACCUUCUUUCCGACCAAAACCCAAGAAACGUCAUUAUUGUCGCAUAUGUUGUUGCACAUUCUGCAUCCUCCUCAUCUUCUUCAUCCUCAUAUUCAUCCUCUUCAUUGCACUCUUCUACAUCCUAUACCAACCUUCUCUCCCAGAGAUUCACCUCGGUUCCUUCCGUAUUCCAGAUUUCAAGAUAACAAAAAACGCAGACGGUGGCCAACUCGACGCAGAUACAAUAAUGGUGGUGGAUAUAAAGAACCGCAACACAAAAAUUGCAUGGCAUUUUGAUCAAAGUAGUGUUCAUAUAUGGGGGGAUAACGGUGACUUGAAAUUAGGUUCAACGAAGGUGGCGGCAUUUGACGUAAAAGUGCAAGAUAUAUCGAAAAUGAAAGUGCACACAAAGGUUAGAGAUGAAGUAUUGGAUGGGAGACAGAAGAGAAGGUUGAAAAGUGUGUUUGAAAGUAAAGCUUUGCAACCUAGUGUGGAGGUUAAAACAAGAACAGGUGUUAAGGUUCAAGGUUGGAAAUCUAUGACGAUUGGAGUUACCGUUGUUUGUAGUGGGGUUACUGUGAGACAAAUUCAAAAUGGCAAUUCACCUCUUUGUUCCUUCACUAUUUUCCAAUGGAUCAAAAUAAAAUGAGUUGGGACUUGUUAUUAUGUGAAUAUGUAUGGAUUAGGAGGAUUGAUGCUUAUUUUGACAAUUCAAAGGUGAAUAUUUUGUCUAUAACAGCUAAGCUUGCUGCUUAGUUCUCCCAAUUUGGUCAUUAGGUUGUAUAUAGUGUGAAACUACUAAUAUUUAUUAUAUGUAUAUAGUGUGGUUGUUGAUUGGAUUUAUCACUCCACCAAAAAAUGAAAGAGUUACCUUUUUAAGGUGUAAUAUAUCAUUCUCUUUUGAAACUAUUGUAAAGGAGAACUUAAGGGCCAAGAAUAUAUUAUUGUUAGUGGCUAGGAAGAGAGGGACAUGAGAUCUUCUUGAUUGUGACAUAUAUCUUGACAAAUAUGUUGAAUCU